CCGCGUCGGAAUUGUGGUCCUUCAUUCUCUGAACAUCUCGGCGUCGUUGAAUCGCUCUCUGUGGCCCGUUUCGGAUCACCUUACACCUGUACUCCGUUCUGGACCCUAAUACAUGGCUCCAAAAGUCCCACCGACAGACAAGGGCAAGACGAAGGCGACGGAUGAUCCAUCUCCUGCUCAAAAGCAGCGCAAGCGGCCAGGAAGGGUUCCGGUCAGCUGUGCUGAAUGUCGGAGGUUGAAGUUGCGCUGUGAUAGAAAAGUGCCCUGUGAGACGUGCUCGAAACGAGGAUGUGCAGCGAUUUGUCCAACUGGUACCCUAGCGACCGGUCCACAAAAAAAUAGAUAUAUCCUCGCCAAUACGGAAGAGCUACAUGCCCAGAUUGAUGCGCUGACUAUCAGGGUUCGCGAGCUGGAGCAUGGCCUCUCCUUACUACAGGCUACUGUUUCGAGUGAACCACAUCCACUUCUGGAGAAUAGGUCGUCGCCUGUUGGCUCUACGCCGAAGGAUGUGGCGGAGGAGAGCAUGGAAGACAACGUCCAGGAGGAAGAUGUGGUCGAAGCCUUUGGAACCCUCAAUAUCAGCGCCGAGGGCGAAUCCACGUUUUUGGGAGCCACUGCCAGAUCAGAUUAUCUUCUCAAGUUAGCCCGCCCUACCGAGAAAACAUCAUAUCUCUCACAGAGCCAACUUGAUCCGCGCAUACUGGACGUCCCGUUCCCGGAAUGUGAGGACGAUUGGGAUAGUGAAGCUGUCAGAGCACUCGUCUGGUCACAUCUGCCACCUCUGUCCGAAGCAUACACAUUGGCCGACGUUUUCAUGGAGUGUUCGAAUUACUUCCCAACUUCAAUGACUCGAACAGAACUGUUUGAGGAAUUAAUACCAGAACUGUAUCAAUCUUCGUCGAUCGGCUCAGAGGACUCGUCACACUCCCUAGCAUUAUUCUACAUUAUAAUCUGCCUAGGAAAAUAUUACGACAUGUCUGCCACGGAUCAUUUAAUUGCCGCUCACGAUUACUUUUCCCUCUGUCGGGCGGCGCUCAUAGUGAAACCAUUCGUACGGCGAGCCACCGUUACUGCCGUUCAAGCAACAACUUUCAUGGGCCAAUAUCUAGAGAUGUGUGAUGCGGGCUUGUUCCCCGGAGGGUCCUCCAGGUCUUGGAUGUAUAUAGGAUUAGCUUCAAAGCUAGCGCAAGGUAUGGGGUUGCACCGCGACGGCACACCAUGGGGAAUAGGCCGUGAGGAGAGCCAAAAGCGCAGCCGCUGCUUUUGGCACCUAUUCGCCCUUGAUGCAUGGAAUAGUUUCGGAUUCGGGAGACCGCCAACCUUCAAUCCUGUGUUCGUCAACUGUUCGCUUCCUGACGAUUUUGAGCAAUAUACGAACCCUGACGGGAGCAAGAGCAUGGGCUGGUACAAUUGGUGUUAUUUAUACUCUCAGUCGCUACACGAUGUCAUGGUCAAAGCAUUUGGUGCACGUCCGCCACACUAUCGGACUAUCCUCGAGCUCGAUAGUAUGAUCAGGGAUAUAGACAUCCCAGACUAUCUGCGAUCUGAUCCUGCCCAAAGCCAUGCCAGCCCAACAAGACUUGUUGUGAGACGGUGGAUUAUUCUAUCCAAUACAGAAUGGACCCUCCUGAAUCUCCAUCGGCCAUAUUUUGCGGCCGCGAUUCGUGAUCACUCCGUUGAUCCAGUCCAACACAAAUAUGGGCCCUCCGUGUUGGCCAUAUACCGAGCUGCAAACCGUAUAAUCGAGGCAGGAUCGAAAGCGGUAGGGGCAAUACCACAGUCUUGUAUGGCUAUGGUCACAUACUCUCCCAGAUAUCACAGUUGGUUUGACCUUACACCGCCGAUUGCAGUCUUCAGAUUCAGCUUCGGAUGGUCCAAGGUCCUUUCGUCAGCGAUCGUAAUGUGCCUCCUGGUCACGAACGCCCCCUCAAGCUCCCUCGCCGUUGGAGCACUCGAGCGGCUCGAUUUUGUGUUAAGCUUCUUCGAGCACUCAGUACUCUUCGGGAGUCAUCCUGCUGCCGACAUUCUGAACGCCAUGCGGAGUCUACACAGACAGGGUCACGAAGCGAUGGACAACUAUCGCUCACCAAACCGGACGGAGACCGUCACAGGGCAGGAUAGGAACCUCGAAGAGCUCUCUAGAUUAGGAGCGAUGACACAAAGACUUUCUACCCCUGGCAUGGCAACCGCUGUACCCGCUGCCUCUACAGACAGUUCGCCAAAUUCAGCGGGCCCCUCGCAUCCAAUUCCAAUUCCAAGUCAAGCAGAUACAGCAGGAGUUCCACGACCGGCUAGUAUUAACAACAAUGCGGCACCUCACCCACAGCCGACGGCGAUACCAGCAGAAACAGCAUACAAGUACGACUUCACGCCGAUCACCCCGUUCGGUCGCCACAGAACCUCGACUUCUUCCACCUCCGCUACCCUUCCUAAUCCCACUUCCUCUUCGUUAUACAACAUCUUCGAUUACACAUCCUCAGAUUCGCAAGGAAAUAGACAUCCUGGACAGUACGGACAAACGCAGGAUAUUUCCUCAGUCCAUCGCAGUUUGGCGAAAGUAUCGUCGAGUUCGCGCGGAGCGUAUCUUGACGCUGAGUUCACGGAACCGAGCUCGAUGUUCGUUGGGAUGCAAGGCUUGGGUCAGUAUGCCUCAAGCUCGACUUCGAGAGCCCAGUCGGACUCCCCGCCGACAUCCUCAACGACGGCGCAGACACCGCUUAUUCUGGAUGCUACAUGGCAGGAUUUCGUGGAGCAGUUGGGAUUCUAGUACGAUGGCUCUUGAUAAACUGGUGGUUCGGCGACAUUGACUUGUCUUUGAGUCUUUCAUGUUGCAUAUCGUUACUUUGGGACGCAAUCACUGUACAUAUUUGGACUAUAAUUUUUUCUUCACUCCGG